UGUCCGUCUCGCCGGCGACAUUUAAACGGGGAGAGGCAAGGCAAGGAAGUGACGAACAAAAAAAAAGGAAAAAAAAAAAGAGAAGAAGAGAGAAAAAAUGGAGGAGAUAAAGAUUUGGGAGGCUAAACAUAUCUUCCACAAAUACCCUUCACUUAAAGCCAAUCCACACAACACUUCAUCUCUUUCGAGACCCUUCUCCCUCUCCUCCUCAACUCAACUCCAUCUAGGGUUUUUCCCUCUCUUUCUGUCUCGCCGCGCUUUAUUCUUUUGAAGGCUGUCUUGAAAUUUGAAGAUAAUGGAACCAGCGGCCUCUGAAGGAGGUUCUCCUUCUACUUUAGCUGGAUUCAUGGAUAGGAGAAAGAGAAGCCCUCUGAUUCGUCGACCACGAGAUGUUAAAGAAAGCUUUCAUAGUGUCACCUGUCCGCCACCGUCAACACAGACAAACGUUUCUCCUAGCAAUGAAAGUAACCCAACUUUGAACACAUUGAAACUGAAGCUUAAGCUUGGAAGUGGUGUUACUCGUACUAUCCAAACCAAGUCAGAGGCGAGUACUUAUACCAAAGCCACGGAUAAAGGGCAGAGAUGUGUGCAGAAAACUAUGUGUCUAGGAGAGAUAGACCGACCUAGAGUGAAUCCCUCUGAUGCUGUUGUUGUGAGAGGAGCAUCUAUGUCUGAGAAGAGAAAACAAGGUCUUAAGAAACGUUUAUUAGAUCCAGAGGAAGACAGGGAUGAUGAUGAUGAUGAUGAUGAUGGAGAUGAGGAGAUUAGAUACCUUGAAAAGCUCAAGUCUAAAAGGGCAAGGGACCAUCAUCAUGCUGUAGCUGAAAGGGAUAAUCUGAGGAUGGGAACAGUUGAUUCGUUUGCGGAAGGAUCAACUAGUGGAAAGGUUCCUACUACACGUACUCGAGCUCUCCAGGCUGGAAAAGAUCCGUUUUCUACCCUCGGGUCGGGUCCUCUUGAGUUUCCUGAUGGCUUACCUUGUCCCUCCUCUAAACGACAAAAGCAGAAGCUUUCAGAGGUAGAGCAACAAUCCAAGAAGGCUGAAGCUGCGCAGAGACGGCGAAUACAGUCAGAGAAAGCUGCCCAAGAAGCUGAGGCUGAAGCUAUCAGGAAAAUACUGGGACAAGACUCAGGGAGAAAGAAGAAAGAAGAGAAGAUUAAGAAACAACAGGAAGAGCGAGCUCAGGAGAGAGCUACAAGAUCAAGCACACUCCCAUCAGACACUAUCAGAGUGGUUAUCGGUCCGAGUGGAACAACUCUGACGUUUUCUGAGGACAUAGGUCUUCCUGAUAUCUUCAAGCCGAUUACUCACAGUUAUCCUCCUCCGCGUGAGAAGUGUGUGGGGCCAAAAUGCGAGGAAGCAUACAAGUACAGGGAUUCAAAGACGAAGCUACCACUGUGUAGUCUCACUUGUUACAAGGCUAUUCAAGAGAAGAUGCAACAACAACAACAGCCUUUGAUUCAUUGCUAAUUGCUUAACUGUUCCUUUUUUUGGGUCAAAAUGUACUAUUAUGGACACAUUGUUCAAUGAAACAUGAAGUUUGGAUUGCUGUGCUUUAUAUAUAUAUGACUUUCAGUUUAAUAGUAAUCUUGAUUUUUUGUUUCGUUU